AAAGCAUGACUGAUACCACCGAGAACCAUAAGAGACACGGCAAACUCACUAUAGGCCCAGCAUUUUGAUACGUGAUCGUCAGCAUGUCUGUCCUGAGUUUCUUCGUUUUCUACGACUGGCUCUUUCUAGCAAUCACUGUUGUUGUCCUGCUCUAUCUUCGAGCGAGUCGCCACCGCAACUACUGGAAGAACCAGAAUGUGGUGCACGAGAAGUUUUCCCUCUUCUUUGGAUCUCAGAUGAAACAGCUAUACAAGCCACUUCAUGUUGUAGAUCAGGAACUCUACAGAAAGCAUGGGCGCCUAUUUGGGUCCUUUGAGGAUGGGAAGCCGAUACUUUACGUUGCGGAGCCUGACCUGCUGAAGUUAAUUCUUGUAAAAGAUGGAGGAUUGACUGAAAGAAAAAUAGUCAAGGUCGAUGACCCGGUGAUGAGAAAUACAAUGCUGAACGUUCCACCUGAGAAGUGGAAGAAGAUUCGUACAGCGACAUCACCUGCUUUUACGUCAGGGAAACUGCGGAAAAUGCAAGCCGUCAUAGAUAGUUGCGCCAAAUUCACCUCGGAGCGUCUCAAGAAAGCCGCGAGUGCGUCAGAAGACGUCGACAUGAAAGGGUUCUAUGGCCACUUCACCCUGGACGCCGUGGCAAGCUGUUCCUUCGGUGUCAAGCUAUCUCCGAAUUCUCCAGAACAGGGAUCUUUUAUUAGGAGCGCGAGAAACGUGUUUUUCGCGGAAGUGACACCAUCUGUGGUACUAAGCGCAUUAAUUCAAAGACUUGGCCAUACGUUCCGUAAGCGUGUUUUCAACGAAAAAGCGUUUGAUUUCUACAAGAAUGCGACAAUAAACAUAAUCAAAAAGCGUGAAGAAAGCAAAAUUCAACAUGAGGAUUUCUUGCAAAUGAUGCUGAAUGCCAAAGAAGUGGCGAAACACACUUUGGCGUCUGAAGAGAAAACCAUGUCUAACUCAGAUUGGGAAAUAUCUGCGCAGAAACACCAGGACGUUAAAAACUUGACCGAAGAUGAGGCGUUGGCGCAGUGCGUCUUGUUCUUCUUGGCUGGCCAGGACACGGCCUCAACCACGGCGUCAUACGCAUCUUACCUGCUGGCAAUUAACCCCCACGCACAGGAAAGACUACGAGCCGAAAUCGACGAUUGUGUCCGGAAACACGGCAGCUCGCCAUCUUACGACGUCAUUUCGAAACUUCCGUACUUGGAUUGUGUCGUGAACGAAACUCUCCGAGUAAUGUCACCAGGUGUAAGGAUCGACAGAGUAUUUCACGAGGAUUACAUGCUCGGUGAAACUGGUAUCAAGUUAUCCAAGGAUUGCAUUGUAAUAAUACCGAUCUACUCACUUCAUCACGACCCGGAGUUCUUCCCAGAGCCGGAAGUUUUUAACCCUGACAGAUUCAGCGAAGAAAAUAUUGACUCCAUUCGCCCGUACACCUUCUUGCCAUUUGGUGCUGGACCUCGCAACUGCAUUGGGUCGAGGUUUGCGUUACAGCUUGUGAAGACCUGUCUUUUCCACGCCAUUCACAGCGUCCAGUUUGUGAAGUGUCCUCAAACGAAGGUCCCUCUGGAGUACCGUGCAGGGUAUGGAUCCGUGAGCAACACCGUCGGCAUGUCCUUCUUCAGCUUCCUCGUUUUUUACGACUGGCUGUUUUUAGCAAUCACCAUUGCUGUUCUUCUCUAUCUGCGAGCGAGCCGCCACCGUAACUACUGGAGGAACCAGAAUGUUGUGCACGAGAAGUUCUCCCUCUUUUUUGGUUCUCAGAUAAAGCAUCUGUACAAGCCGCUUCACGUUGUAGAUGACGAACUUUACAGGAAGCACGGGCGACUGUUUGGGUCCUUCGAAGAUGGAAAACCGGUACUUUACGUUGCUGAACCUGAGCUACUCAAGUCGAUCCUCGUUAAGGAUGCCGCUUUGACUCAGAGAAAGGUUGUGGAGUUCGAUGACCCAAUAUUGAGUAACCUUAUGGUGAACGUUCCACCUCAGCAGUGGAAAAAGCUUCGAACAGCAACAUCUCCGGCCUUUACAUCGGGAAAACUUCGAAAAAUGCAAGCCAUCAUAGACAGUUGUGCCCAUUUCACGUCAGAGCGUCUAAAAAAGGCGGCAACUGCGUCAGAAGACGUCGACAUGAAAGGAUUUUAUGGCCACUUUACCUUGGAUGCCGUCGCAAGCUGCUCAUUUGGUGUUAAACUAUCUCCUAAUUCUCCGGAAGAGGGAUCUUUCAUAAGGAGUGCUAAAAAUGUGUUCUUCGCCGAAGUAACGCCAGCUGUUAUGCUAAGCACACUGGUUCAGAAAGCCGGACAAGCAUUCCGUAAGCGUGUUUUCAACGAAAAAGCGUUCACUUUCUACAAGAACGCCACCAUCGACAUAAUCAAGAAGCGUGAGGAGAACAAUAUUCGGCAUGAAGACUUUUUGCAAAUGAUGAUGAAUGCCAAGGAAGUGGCAGAACAAACUACUAUUUCUGGAGAAAUGGUCUCAGAGGACCCAGGCAUCGAAGAUCCUCAGCAAAAACCUCAGGGCAUUAAAAGCCUGUCCGAAGAUGAGGCAUUGGCGCAGUGCGUCCUAUUCUUCCUUGCUGGCCAGGACACGGCCUCUACCACGACGUCCUUUGCCUCGUACUUGCUAGCAGUCAACCCGCAGGCACAGGAGAAACUACAAGCCGAAGUCGACGAGUGCUUCAGGAAACACGGAAGUUCACCAUCUUAUGAUAUCGUCUCAAAACUGCCGUACUUGGACUGCGUCGUGAACGAAACACUGCGAAUGAUGACACCCGGUACAAGGCUCGAGAGGGUGUUUCAGGAGGAUUACAUGCUCGGCGAAACCGGCAUCAAGUUAUCCGAGGACUGCACUGUAGUAGUACCAGUCUACUCACUUCAUCACGACCCGGAGUUCUUCCCAGAGCCGGAUGUUUUCAACCCUGACAGAUUCAGCGAGGAGAAUAUUAACUCCAUCCGUCCUUACACCUUCUUGCCGUUUGGCGCUGGACCCCGAAACUGCAUUGGAUCGAGGUUUGCGCAUCAGCUUGUGAAGACCUGUCUUCUACACGCCGUUCACAGCGUGCGCUUCGUGAAGUGCCCCAAAACAAAGGUUCCCCUCGAGUACCGACCAGGAUUUGGCCUGUUGCAUCCCAAGGACUUGGUCAUAGGCGUCAGAGAGAGGAGCAGCUAGCCUGCAUCGCUUACCAUGCUGGAAGGGAACAUGAAGAGGCGCACGCAACUCUCAUUAGGCGCCGCAUACUUGUCACUUAAGCGGAACCUACGGAACGAACCUCCCUUGCCUGUGCUGGUGAUGGUUAUCUGGUAAUAUAUAAGAAUUCCACUCUGUCGUCAUCAUCGUCUGUCUGACUACGCCCAUUGCAAGGCGAAGGCCUACCUCAUUAAGAGGGCACUAGUCAUCGACUGAAACCGUCGAAGUAACUCAAUUAGCUUCUCAUGAAAGCUUGCGUUUCCUACAGUUCUCUCCCUAGCGCUGGCUGAAGGGACGGUCAGAGCUUUGGUUUUCGAGAUGAUAUUGCAAGGCUUAGUAGUUGAUAUUGCGCGUCAAGCUAGAGGACCGGUUAGCGUUACACUCAACAGUUCGAAUAUUUUGAGAAUUUGCCGUCCUGAAAAUGCAGAAGCUGAUGGAAACUCCCAAGCCAGCCACCAUACAGGCGACUGUUUAGGCAAGUGGCAGUCAAACUGCGUUGAAAGUGGGACAUGCAGGAAACGCAUUGCUUGUUUUUCUUCGCCUUUUAGUGUGUCUCACACCCACUUCGAGAGAUCGGCCGAAGAUUGAGUGGCCGUAGAAAAUGCUGUGGAACUUUAGAAUGACGGAGUUAUAGAAUAAAAAACAUUACAAAUUUUACAUGAAAUUUAGGUGCUGUGUCAAGUGUAUAAAAGAGCAAUGCAAUUUUUAUUAGUAAUUGACAAUAAGAAGAAUCAAAAACAUAUUUUGAAAAAUUGUACAUGUGUUGACACAGAAAUAUAAUAAUAUAGAUUAGCAAGGUAAUUGAUUAGUUUUGUUGAUAUAAUUCUGCUCAGCCAUGCACAAGCCUUCGCAUUAAAGUACCCAGAAAUAGUGGCUCCAAAGGACAAAUUUUGGGCACAAAUAAACUCAUUCUACUAACACGUAAAGGUAUUUCUAACUUGGUUUUUUGAGCUGUAGUAAAUUGCCCUGCAAGUUGAAAAAUAAUUUAUUGAUAGUUUCUAGCUGACCACGAUAUGCGUACGAUGGAUUUCAUAUUCGGCACCAGACAGCGCAGCCUCGUCAUUGACACUUCCACUUUAUGGGCUUGUCGAAAUGACGUACGCCAGGGAGAUAAAUGCCGACAUUUGGUAGAAUUAGUCAGUGCUGUGUCCAAAGGACUUCUAUAACGUUGCGAAAUCGCGCAGCCGUCACAUAAGCGGAUUGGGCAAGGUACGGUAAAAAUCGGUUCACUCAUUGAUGACUUCGGUGAAGGAUAUCGGCCAUGUCGUUUACCAACAAUCCGUUAUGUACGGGCGCCUUAAACUAAUUGAAAUAUUUCCAAAUGCAUGAGGACCAGCCCCCGAAACACUUUUAUUACGUGCAAGUCAGCACCAGCAGAAAGUACAGUGCAGUUAGAAAAUCUUAUUACAGCGGCAGAUGUACUUGCUGUGUUCUUUUUACUUGUAUGGGUCGAGCACCACUGCACGAACUUCAGUCACAAAAACGUGGCAGAAGUUCAGACAGUGGCAGGGAUUAAGGACAAUUCAAAUUCGGGCUUAAUAUACCAACACCUGGCUUUUUGUUACAUUGUGUUGCAUCUCUGCCAAUAUAGGUGUUCUUGUAUAAUAAAUGAUCUAGAGUAUGAUGUAGC